AUAAAUUGGACAGAAGCACAGGACUUCUGCCGGGAUAACUAUUCUGAUCUUGUCACUUUGUACAAUCAGGAGGACUCUCAGCAGCUGACACAGUUAACAGCAUCUAAUAGCAGCUAUAAAGCCUGGAUAGGUCUCAAUCGCAAAGAGCACAGUCUGAAGUGGUCCAAUGGAGAUUAUGUUAAUGACACUUCAUGGUCACCACUUCCAAGUCCAUACACAGAGCCAAUGUGUGCAGCCAUAAUCACAAUACAACAUGGGAGAAUUGUACAGAGCAGAAAUACUUUAUGUGUUAUAAAAAAGGUAAAACAUUCCAUACUACAAAAAAAAAACAUUAGAUUUCCUAGAUGUUGUUGCUCCUCAACAACAUCCAGUUCAUAUUAUUAUAAUUCUUCAAUAAUAUCUAGAUAUAAUUAUUUGAUAUCAAACUAAGUUGAGUAGAGUAAAAUGUUUGUCCAUUCUGUGUGCUGGGCCUCGUGAUUCCUUGCUGAUUGAACAGAACAUGACCUGGUAUGAGGCUCAGAGGUACUGCAGGAAGAAUUACACUGACCUGGACAGAAGGAGGAAG